AGGAAGGGUCUGGGGAGCGCGUAGAAACUUUCCACCUUUUGCAAACUUGCCGGUAUGCGCACAGCCCGAGCUGCUGUUCGCGUGAGAGGCAGAGGAAGGCGCCCAGCCGCUCUAUCAGUGCACGAUCCCGGGCACUCAGCGCAGUUGCCUUUUGAUUGUACAACUGCUGAAAUGUAUUGAGUGCUCCAGCUACUUUUCCAACAAUGAACAGUUCAAAAUCACCAGUGCUGGACGGAUUAGGAAACACAACCUGCAACGCACACAAUAAGAUUUCGGUAUUCUUUUCAAUAAUAUUCAUGACGGUGGGAAUUUUAUCCAACAGUCUUGCAAUAGCAAUUCUCAUGAAGGCAUAUCAGAGAUUUAGACAGAAAUCAAAAGCAUCCUUUUUGCUUUUUGCUAGUGGUUUGGUUGUCACAGAUCUUUUUGGCCAUCUCAUCAAUGGAACUAUUGCCGUGUUUGUGUAUGCCUCUGACAAAGACUGGAUUCGAUUUAAUCAAUCAAACAUUCUCUGCAGUGUUUUUGGCAUAUGUAUGGUAUUCUUUGGUCUGUGCCCUCUCUUUCUGGGCAGUGUGAUGGCUGUUGAACGUUGCAUUGGAGUCACUAAACCAAUAUUUCAUUCUACAAAAAUGACUUCUAAACAUGUAAAAAUGAUUUUGACUACGGUAUGUCUCUUUGCUGUUUUUAUAGCUUUGCUGCCUAUUCUUAGCUUUAGAGCAUAUCAAAUUCAAGCAUCGAGGACCUGGUGCUUCUAUAAAACAGAACAUAUUGAGGACUGGGAAGACAGAUUUUAUCUAUUACUUUUUUCUUGCCUUGGGUUACUAGCCCUUGCUGUUUCGUUCUUGUGCAAUGCUGUCACAGGAAUUACUCUCUUAAGAGUCAAAUUUAAAAGUCAACAAAGACAAGGCCGAUCUCAUCAUUUUGAAAUGAUCAUUCAGCUAUUGGCUAUAAUGUGUGUCUCUUGCAUUUGCUGGAGUCCAUUUCUGGUGACAAUGGCCAAUAUUGGAAUAAAUGCAGAUCGUUCAAUGGAAACCUGUGAAACAAUACUUGUUGUUCUCCGAAUGGCAACGUGGAAUCAAAUAUUAGAUCCCUGGGUAUACAUUCUUCUAAGGAAAGCUGUCCUGAAAACCCUCUACAAGAUUGCUAGGAGAUGCUGUGGAAUGCACAUCAUGAACUUGCAUAUGUGGGAACUUAGCUCCAUCAAGAAUUCUUUAAAGGUUGCAGCAAUUUCUGAGUCACCAGUUAGUUCCAAACAAAUAAAUCAACAGCCAUUCAGCUCGACAGGGCAAUAAAAUCAAACACGGCGUAUGAAGAAAUAAUGGGAGUGUAAUGAUCAUACCCUGGGAACACCUUCAAAUUUGUUAGUCUUUGUGGUAAUAUGAGGGUAAGUGGUUUGGUAUUUGUUUCAGAUUGUGAGUGGUUUGGUCUUAUUGUUUACCAGUUUGAUAUUGCUAUUCCAAGAUGUGCACUUGAGUAACUGUGAUCACGUUCAAAACACUUUUGGGUGAAAGAAGUGUCCUUCAGAAAUGGGGUUUAAUCAGACAAGACAGAUUUCAGAGUGGAGUUAGCGCCACAUCACCGUGCCUGCAGCAGCAAAAACACAAUCAUCUGCUGACUACAGAGCACAAUGGCAGAAACUGUUAAGCUGGGUGUCGUGAGUACAGAUGGUCACCAACACUAGGCUCAAGGAAUACGUGAGGAGAGGAAAGAACUUUUUGGUUGGUAAUAGAGAAAGUAAUCUUUUGUUAUAUAGUGGCACCUCGGUAGUUAAGUGUCUUCAUAGCUUUUUAAGGUCAGAAGCAGGGCCGUCUCUAGGCACCAGCAAGCAGUUGCUUGGGGCGGCAAAUUUGCAGGGGCACAAGAAUCCAGCAUGGGAGCUGAGAACCAACAGGGGGCCCUGGGAGCUGUAGUUCCGUGAUUAGCUCCCUGCCUAUAGAGCCAGCCCUGGAGCAGGGAAAGAACUACAUUUCCCAGCAUUUCCUCGGCCGCAAUUAACAGGAAAGGGUGGGGGAAGGAGUGUGGAACUGAAACCUCAUGCUGCAGCUUGCUGUGAAUGGUAGGGACAAAGCCAGCUCUAGGUUUUUUGCCGCCCCCAUCCCAGCCCUAGGCUCUCCCCGCACCCCGUGUUGCCCCAGCCCUGGACUCUCCCCUGCCCACACCCCCGCUGCCCCAGCUCUGGCCCCCACCUGCACCCCACUGCUACCCCAGCCCUGGGCUCUCCCCCCACCCGAAUCUCCUGCCGCCCCAGCCCUGGGCUCUCCCCCAAAGAAAGAAUUGGGUGGACUAAAUGGACAGUGCACCUCUCUAUCUGAAGCCUAGCAAGGGAGGUACGUGGAUCCCACUAGAAUUUAAAAUGAAAAGUAAGGGAGGGGAGGCUCUACUAGGACCUGGGCAGCUUUAGAUACAGUACCAGGCACGUAGGAGGAUUUACACUUCUGAGCCAUGGAAGCAGAAAUUGACUUUUCUUUUCCAGAUUUAGCUAAUAUUCAGAAAGGGAAUCUAGCACCUGCCUUCCAGAUUUGAACACCCUCAAAAUUCAGGAGUACUCAAGCUCAAUUUGGGCAGUUGUUACUUCAUUUCUCCCAAAUCAAAUAUACUGAUCCACUGUAACUUGCUGUAGAAAAAGUAGAAUAAAUUGAGCAAGAAAUGCUUCCCAGUGGUUAUUAGGACUGGAAUUGCUAUUUUCAACAGCCAUUGCUUUUUUUUUUUUUUUUUUAGUUUUAUUUGUUUAAAAGGAAGACAAUGACAUUGCAUUGGCAAAUUCCCCAUAGAGAGAAAGAGUGGAACAAAAGAAUAAUAAAGGCACCUCAACUUUUCCUCAUUUAUGUAGGACAGUCUUAUAAUAUGCAUCCAGAUAUCCUUCAAUCACACAAGCUGAAAAUUGUUUCACUUUACUGCAGUUCUGUAACCAUAUGGGAGCCAAUCCUGUCAGUGUUCUGUGCACAUCCAAAAUUCCUGCUGAAUGACUCGCCCUGGGAGUGAGUUACCAGUGACCCAGGGCUGGGGCGGCAGGAGGGUGCAGUUGGGGGGGGGGGGGGGAGAGAGCCCAGGGCUGGCGGGGGUGGGCAGCCAAAAUUUUUUUUGCUUGGGGCAGCAAAAAACCUAGAGCCGGCCCUGGUCGGAAGGGAUAACUAUGAUCAUCUAGUCUGACCUCAUACAUAACAUAGGACUUCUCUGAAUUAAUUCCUGCUUCAAAUCCAAUAGCUAUGGUUAAACAAGAACAUAUCUUUAAAAAAAAACAUACAAUCUUGAUUUAAAAAUGUGCAGUAAUAGAGAAUCCACCACAACUCUUGGUAAGUUAUUCUGAUAGCUAAUUACCAUUAGUAUAUAAUUUCUAGUCUAAAUUUGUUCUAGUUUCAACUUUCAGACAUUGGAUCUUCUUAUACUUUUGUAUGACAGAUUGAAGAGCCCUCUGUAUCAUCCUGUCCCUUCUCUUUGAUUAGCUCCUACAGUCAUUUUCUAUAAGACAUGUUUUCCAAUCCGUUAAUCAUCCUCAUGGCUUUUCUUUGAAUCCUCUCCAAUAUUUCAACAGCCUUCUUGAAAUGUGGACACCAAACUGGAUACAGUAUUCCAGUAGCGACUGCACCAGUGCCAAAUACAGAGGUAAUAUAACCUCUCUACUUGAUGUUCCUCUGCUUAUACUUUUAAGGAUCUCAUUAGCACUUGUGGCAACAGUGUUGCCCUGGGAGUUUGUGUUCAGCUGAUUAUCUGCUAUGACCCCUCGGUCCUUUUCAGAUUCACUGCUUCCCCAGAUAGUCCCCCAUCUUAUAAGUAUGGCCUAUGUUCUUUGUUCUGAGAUGUACUGUAUGACUUUACACUUUGCCAUGUUAAAAUGCCUGUUUGCUUGCACCGGUUUAUCAAGUGAUCCAGAUCACUCUGUAUCAGUGACCUGUCCUCUUCGUUAUUUACCACGCUCCCAAUCUUUAUGUCGUCUGCAAAUUUGAUCAGUAAUGAUUUUGUUUUCUUCCAGGUCAUUGAUAAAAAUGUUAAGUAGCAUAGGGUCAAGAAUGGAUCCCUCAAUGACUGUUUCUGUUUACAAUUACAUUAUCAGACCUAUCAGGCAGUUUUAAACUCAUGUAGGUUUAUAAUUCGUUUGUUUAUACCACACUCAAACUUGGCAUGUAGUUUCUCAGGACAGUUGAAAAGUAUGGGCCCAAUCCUGUAACUCUUACUCAUAUGAGUACUCCCAUUGAGGUCAGUAGCAAACAAAUUUAGACCUAAACCCAUGUGAGCCUAUGUAAAGAAUAGAGUUGAUCAAAAAACAGUAACACAUUUCUGGAAAGGUGCCACAGAUGCAUCUGCAAAAAUACAUAUACAGUAUGCCUGUUUUAUCUGCAGAGGCCUAUGCUUUUGCAUGCAAACAAGAAUUUGCAUGAACAAAAUGAGCACCUAUGUGAGCAAAUGUAGGUGUGGUUUGUGGGAGCAAGGAGUACUCUCAAUUUUUGCAGGUGUAUCUGUGCCUUUCUUUGCAAACUUAGGAUCCAAGGCUGAAGUGCUGAAUGCCUACAGUGGAAGUUGAGUACCCCAGCACCUUGCAAAAGGGCCCUUCACAAUUAAUUUUACCAUCCCAUUUUUAUAUAUAGCCUGUAUGUUUAUUGUUGAUCACUCAUUUGAUAUCAAAGUACAAUGUAAAUUUCAGUUCCAACUGUCUGAAUGUCAUUUGUUCAAUAUUAUGAAAAUAAAAAGUACAGUAAUCUACAUUCCUAUGUCAUUUAAGUAAUGCUACUAGUUGCAGAUUAUUACGUGCCAAGUAUCAGUUGAGUAUUUUAGAAGUCAUUGUACUAACACUAGUUAGACAUUCAGUUUAUACUCUUAAGGGUAUCAUCCUCCCCCCCAUUGAAGUCAGUGGCAAAAUUCCCCUUGACUUCAAUGAGAAUAGGAUCAGGCCUGUGGAGACUGUGGGAAUUCACACAGGAUUGUGCAGUCAACCUGUGACAUUAUUAUGUAAUAGGCAGGCUUUCUUGACGAGAUUGACAUGAAUGGUAGCAUUGCUAUGCAGUAUCUACUGAAUAUGAUCCAUAGGAGAAGAAUCUACAACUGCAGUCCCCAGUGUUAUCCUAGGCUGGAUGAAAUACGUUGUAAGAAGUGGUUGAGUGUAGUGCAAAAAUAAUAAACUCUGUCAGGUGAUUGAAAGGUGUAUCCUUUCUCACAUUUUUCAGCAAAAGACAUGUGACUGUCAUGGAUACAGAGAGGAUUACUAACCAAUGCACAUAAUCCAUCAAAGACAAAAAAGCACUUAAUAAGCACUUAUUAGUCUAUCAUUGUAACAUAACUGAUCAUGCUUAUUCAUUUCCUUCUACAAACAAGAGAAGAGUAAGGGAGAAGAAGCUUUGAUUUUGUGACUGUACUGUGUUAAUACCAAAAUGGUGGUAGAGUUUCUAAGCAGGAAAGAGUUGCUUCUGGGUGGAAAACAAUAGUGUUAACUUCAUCUACUUCACUUCAUAUAACUGUUCUACUUUGGCAAAUUGUUGGUCCAGAAUCAGUGCUGACCCUCCCCAUGUGGUUGCAUUGAAAUGAAUGUAAGUAUGAUUUAGUGUUGAAUGUGGCCUCCUUACUGUACACAACCUGUUGUAAAUGUGUCUAGUAACAUAAAUAAGUUGUUAAUCCUUUUGGGGUGGGAAUUUUGCUUCAUUGGCUGCAGAAUAAUGUUAGACUGAGAUACUUGACAAGUGAAUGAAGCAUAGUUGCAGUCCAUGUGUUGUGAAUAAAUAUAUCUUGUGUACUUUCAUACUGGCUGAAUUGUAAAAAAGUUUAACUUUAUAUGUAUAUGUGUUUUCAUAUAUUCUGUGUAUUGCUAUCUAUUGAAUGUAAAUUGUAGA